UACAAACAGAAUUCACAAGAAUGCAUUAAAUUGGACAAUGCAUGACAAAUUUGGAGUGAAGUCGAUCAGGGACAGCGAACAUGAGAUGAUGAGUGCGCUGUAUCUUCAAGUCAGUAUAGUGAGCAAGGCACUGAUCUUCGUAACCAGGUCACGCAGCUGGUCGUUUGUCGAACGCCCUGGUUGGCUCCUGAUGAUCGCUUUCGCCCUUGCCCAACUGGUCGCAACUGUGCUGGCAGUGUAUGCAAACUGGAGUUUCGCGAGGAUUAAGGGAAUAGGGUGGGGAUGGGCCGGCGUGGUGUGGCUAUACAGCAUUGUGUUCUAUUUCCCGCUGGACAUAAUGAAGUUCGCCAUCCGUUACAUCUUGAGUGGGAAGGCCUGGACCAACAUGCUAGAGAACAAGGUAACAACGACCUAAUUAACUAACUGCCUGGGUUUACCUCGUCGUGUAAUUUGUUUUUGCAUAUUUAAUGAAUGUAUGGAUAUACAUUUAUUGGUUUUGUUAUUUGGUGAUGGGAAACCAGACGGCGUUCACGACGAAGAAGGAUUACGAAGCAACCUCCCUUCUCCUCAUUGGCCAUCGGUUCAUUGAGAAAUUGCACUUUAAACCGAACUUCUGGUGAGCCCACAAGCCUAUUUGGUGAAAAAAUGAAAUUUCUUUAGAAACUCCCUUCCACUCAUUGACCAUCGGAGCAACGAGAUAUUUCACUUUAAAGCGAUCUUUUCGUGAGCCCACAAGCAUAUUUGGUGAAAAAAUGAAAUUUCUUUAGAGACCUUUUUUCUUGCAAAUUCCAACUCUAUGGCGUUCCUCUCGGUCACACGAUUCCAACCCAACCUCCCUUCCCCUCAUAGGCCAUCGUUGCAAUGAGAAAUUGCACUUUAAACCGAACUUUUCGUGAGCCCACAAGCUUAUAUUGUGAAAAAAUUAAAUUUCUUUAAAGACCUUUUUUCUUGCAAAUUCCAACUCUAUGACGUUCCUCUCGGUCACACGAUUCCAGCGCAACCUCCCUUCCCCUCAUUGGCCAUCGGUGCAAUGAGAAAUUGUACUUUAAAUCGAACUUUUCGUGAGCCCACAAGCCUAUUUGAUGAAAAAAAUGAAAUUUCUUUAGAGACCUUUUUUCUUGCAAAUUCCAACUAUAUGGCGUUCCUCUCGGUCACACGAUUCCAACGCAACCUCCCUUCGAGUCAUUGAACACCGGUACAAUGAGAUAUUUCACUUUAAACCGAACUUUUCGUGAGCCCACAAGCGUAUUUGGUGAAAAAAUAAACUUUCUUUAGAGACCUUUUUUCAUGCAAAUUCCAACUCUAUGGCGUUCCUCCCGGUCAUAUGAUUCCAACGCAACCUCCCUUCCACUCAUUGACCAUCGGUACAAUGAGAUAUUUCACUUUAAACCGAACUUUUCGUGAGUCCACAAGUCUAUUUGGUGAAAAAAUGAAAUUUCUUUAGAGACCUUUUUUCUUGCAAAUUCCAACUCUAUGGCGUUCUUCUUGGUAAUACGAUUCCAACGCAACCUCCCUUCCACUCAUUGACCAUCGGUGCAAUAAGAUAUUUUACUUUAAACCGAACUUUUCGUGAGGCCACAAGCCUAUUUGGUGAAAAAAUGAAAUUUCUUUAGAAACCUUUUUUCUUGCAAAUUCCAACUCUAUGGAGUUCCUCUAGGUCACACGAUUCCAACACAACCUCCCUUCCCCUCAUUGGCCAUCGGUGCAAUGAGAAAUUGCACUUUAAACCGAACUUUUCGCAAGCCCACGAGCCUAUUUAGUGAAAAAAUGAAAUUUCUUUAGAGACCUUUUUUCUUGCAAAUUCCAACUCUAUGGCGUUCUUCUCGGUCAUAUAAUUCCAACCCAACCUCCCUUCCACUCAUUGACCAUCGGUGCAAUGAGAUAUUUCACUUUAAACCGAACUUUUCGUGAGCCCACAAGCCUAUUCGGUGAAAAAAUGAAAUUUCUUUAGAGACAUUUUUUCUUGCAAAGUCCAACUCUAUGGGGUUCCUCACGGUCACACGAUUCCAAAGCAACCUCCCUUCUCCUCAUUGGCCAUCGGUACAAUGAGAAAUUGCACUUUAAACCGAACUUUUCGUGAGCCCACAAGCCUAUUUGGUGAAAAAAUGAAAUUUCUUUAGAGACCUUUUUUCUUGCAAAUUCCAACUCUAUGACGUUCCUCUCGGUCACACGAUUCCAUCGCAACCUCCCUUCCCCUCAUUGGCCAUCGGUGCAAUGAGAAAUUGCACUUUAAACCGAACUUUUCUUGAGCCCACAAGCCUAUUUGGUGAAAAAUGAAAUUUCUUUAGAGGC